UAUCCAGACGCCGGGCUUCCAACCAACCAGUCAGACGUUUUGCUUAAUUCUUCAAUGCCAAGAAUAUCAAAUACGUCUUCUGAUGCUAAGUGAUUCUUCUUUUUCUUUUUUUUUCUUCCCAAGCAAAAUUCAAAGCCAUAAUCCUCCGUCGUCCAUGUUCUAACCUUCAACCAAAAUAUUUCCUUCAGAUUUUUCUGUUACUACAUCCCCCGUCCAGCGAGAGCUCUCUUGCUUCCUGGCUAACCUGCUUCAUUUGUAGUUUUAGCUGCGGCAGCUGCUCCAUAGCGAUUACGAGAAAAUACAUAAUAGACCUUUGUUUUUAUCGUCUGCCUGAAUCAUCCCUCGUUUCUCUACUGCAUAGAUUUAGAUAAGAUGGAAUGCAAGAUGAUUUUGGCCGGCACUUUCGGUAACAUGAAGAAUCUUAACGAAUCAAUGCAGUUCUUGGUAGAAGAAAACUGAUGUCAUUCAUGUUCCUGGAGACUUUGACUCCCGCUUGUUACGUGUACUGAAGAUGGAAAUUAAAGAAACAGAGAAAGUGGCCAUCGCAAAGCCUGUAGCAUCAAGACCUACUUGUUCCAGUUUUAAAUCCUUCUCUGAGCUUCUUGCCGGUGCCAUCAACGCCUCACCCUCUAGCUCAUGUUCUGAAGCUGCGGUAACAGCCAUUAGACCGAGGACGGUGAGGUUCAAGCCAGCAGUGGACCAUCCUUCGGCUGGAGUGGCUGCUUCCCAGGCUAAUCUAUGUGGGGCUGCUGUUUCUUCUCCCACUGCUAAGGACUUGAAAGCAGACGGGAAAUGCAAAGUGGUGUACAAACCUAUGGCCAAGCUCGUCUCCAAGACAACAGUUUCUCUCUUGGCAAAUAUGCAAAGUGCCAAUUUAUUUCAGGAACAGGAAUUAGCUGAAGUUGAGGCAAAUUUCCAACUACCAAACCUAGUCAAACCUCAAUGUGAUAAUAGAUCAGAGCUUCAUCAGAAUUUCCUAUCCGCGGCACAAAAGAAUAAAAGAGUUGAACCCUCGAAUGUGACAACACAGAACCUGGAAGAGGAUCAGAGAUCGUUAGCGCACACGGCAAAUGGGGAUCGUCCUUCUUAUGAUGGAUAUAAUUGGAGGAAGUACGGACAAAAGCAGGUUAAAGGAAGCGAAUAUCCAAGAAGUUAUUACAAGUGCACACAUCCAAAUUGUCCAGUGAAAAAAAAGGUUGAGAGAUCAUUAGAUGGUCAGAUUGCAGAAAUUGUCUACAAGGGUGAGCAUAGUCAUCCGAAGACGCAGCCUGUAAGACGUAACUCCUCCGAUGGACAUUGGCAAGGAACUUCCGGGAAUGAAUCAAACAAUCCCCUAUGCAGAAACCAACAUAGUGACAAGAAUGAAUGUUAUGAAGGCACCAUGGAAAAUCCAAAUGAAUUUGGUUUUUUAGCCCAUUCAAGUUAUUCGGCAGGAGCUCCAUCAUGCAUGCACCCUACAAAUGGAGCAUCCAAUUUUGGUGUCUCAAACCUUGAUAAUUCAUCUUGCCACAGCGGGGAGUUUGACGAAGGGAGGGAGGGACUGGAGGGAGAGACGGAUGGACCGAAAAGGAAAAGAAGGAAAAACGACAACCAAUCGAAUGUAGCAGGCACAGCAGCUGAAGGAGCACAAGAGCCUCAGGUUCUUGGUCAAAACUCCACUGAUUCUGAAAUCAUAAGAGAUGGAUUUCGCUGGAGAAAGUAUGGGCAAAAAGUUGUGAAGGGAAAUCCAUAUCCAAGGAGUUACUAUAGAUGUACCAGUCUCAAGUGCAAUGUGCGCAAAUAUGUGGAGAGAACGUCGGAUGAUCCAAAUGCCUUCAUGACGACUUAUGAAGGAAAGCACAACCAUGAGAUGCCAACAAAAAGCACAAGUUCUUUGGCGGCUAAAACUAGUACAAAGGCCUUAGGUACCAAAAAAAUAUAUCUUGAUUAGCUCACUGGGAGAGGGCUAAAUUUCCAAGGCAAUAGUUGGUACAUGGAAGUGAGGAGGUCAUAGGGCUCAUAAGGGUCUUCAAUUGGAGGUUUUGUGGCAGAAUCAACUUAAUAGUUGCUGCUUGUUGUGGGAAGACUUUAGUGUUUUAUCUGCUUUAAUUCGCGGUGAAUCCAAUGAUAGAUAAGUAGUGUCGGUAUACCAGAAUGGCAGGCUAAGCGAGAAUAUCUCCUUAGACAAACGAAAUACCAUGCCAUCUCGCGUCAUUUAGCAGUAUUUGUGUCGGCUCCGGCGAGAUCUGUGUUGCACUGUUUUCGAAUAGUGUGAAGGAAAACACAGCGUGCUGCAUAGUCUUCUGCAUACACGAAUUUGUAGUCUGUAUUCGGUCAAUUCCUGACAGUAGAAAGCUUAUUUGGUAUUGUCAUCAAAAUCAGCAGAUGUAAUCUUGAUAAUGAUGUGCUUGCAUGAUGAUUUCCAAGUUCUUGAUUGGGUGAACCUACUAACUAAUCAAGAGCUAGAACAUGUUAGAAUUUUGUGACUGUAGUUUUACCAGAGGAUUCUGUCA